UUCGCCACACAUUGCUAGGAUAAGCAAUGUAUAGUCUACAUUAUUUGGAUAAUAAAUCAAUUCGCUGCUGUGCGCGUCUAACAACAAAACUGUCUCGCAGAAUUUUUCUGUUCAAUUGAUUCUGAUGCUUCAUUUUUAGAUCUUAGAAUAGAUAUCUAGAUCUUUAUUUCAUGGUGCUUAUUUGUGAGAUUACAUGUAAUUCAUGGAUUCCAAUGCUGGUCUUGGUGGCAAACAGCCUCAUCAAAGAUUAUCUGGAGGUGUUUGGCAGUUGAGACGGGUAGGGCCACCAUCAACUGUUCCAAACAGCGCUUCAUUGAUUAGGUUAAAGGAGGAUGGUGAGGUGACAGUCGGGCGCGGUCCAGCAGCAAAUUACUUUGUGGACUCAGCCAUCACUCUGAGGUUGAUUUCUCGCAUACAUGCGUCCAUCAUUGGUCAGACACAUGCUAAUGGCAUCCCCAAGUUUACCAUAAUCAACACUGGUCUAAACGGGACAUACAUAAAUGAUGUGAAGAUGGGUUACCAUUCAGAGAACAAAAAAGUUUUACAUGAGGGAGACAAAGUAACAUUUGGUCACCCAGGAUGUGCAUCCAUCCAGCCAGGCACCUUGGCACCACAACAGGAUUCAGAGUUUCAGUUCAUUUUUGAAUAUGUUCCUGCACAGAAACCUUUGGCCCUUGAAGAGAACAACUUACAGAAAAAAACAGUCAUUUCAUGCCACAACCUUCUCUCUCAAAAAAACAUUCAUGAGAAUACUGUAGAUGACAUCCAACUGGGUCUACCAGACAGCACAGACAAGCUUGCUGUUCCAAAUGGUAAUCUGGGGACUCGGCUGGCGGACUCUCCCCAAAGCAAUGCAUCCACUUCUGAAAAAGAAAAUGAUGUGGCAUGUGCUGGAAUUCGAGAUUCUAAAAUGAUCACUGGGGAAUCCUUUGAAAACCGCUGUACAGUUUUACCUUCAAAGGAUCUCAAUUCUUGGAAUUGUCAAACAACUUUACAAGAAAGACAUGUGAAAGAAGAUUUUCAAUCUGUAAGCAAGUGUUUACUUUCUGGUAGGAAAGUAUCCCAUUCGUCACCCCUUCGUUCUUCAUUGACAGUGCCUUCUAAUAACUCUGACCUUUAUAAACCUCAGAUUGCAUCACUCUCCUCACAGGGUAAGGACAGCUUGAUGAACUCCCAUGAGCGUGUCUUGAAACAGACCUCUGUGGACUCAUCUGACCUGGAGUUAACUGACACUUUUUCCACGUCUUUCUGCAAAAAUGGAGGCAGUAUCCAGGUGAAUAGUACCACUAUUGUCCUUCGGGAUGAGUGUGAGGAUGAAGAUGAUGACAGCAGCAAUGCUUAUUCUUCAUCUUCAGAGGAUGAAGAUAUUCAGUUUCUUGGAGCCACUGCAGCCAAUGGCACUGUGGCAAAUAACAAUUUCGAACUAUCUCCCAUUCCACGAGAUGCUGUUUUGCUGAAGGAUAAAUAUGGAAAGAAGUCAACGGGUAGUGUUUCGGAUACAUCUUUAUCAUCGCUUAGCACAGAAGAUAAAUCAUCUUUGUCAGAUAGCACGUCCACCCCAAAAAAAAGAGCAUCGUUGGAGAGCUCUGAGAAUGAUUCAUCUUCAGACUCCAGUUCCAAUUCCAAAUGUUCUAAAUCUGACUUUAAAGACAAAACUGGCAUAAUAGAAUCUGGAAAGUCAAAUGAUGCUGUUUCAAAAUCUCAGACAUCACCUGUUGUAGGCCAAAAAGAUCAUCGAGUAAUAAGCCCUUGUUUCUUGAAAAAUACUUCAAACACCAGCAUUGAGUCCAAAGACAAUAGUGUGGAGCUCUCCAAAAAGUGUCCAUCUUGCACUGAUGGUGAAUCCUCCAGCUCUUCUGACAAAAUGUCAGAUAUUUGCUCAGAUUCCUCAAUUUCUCCACCUGAAUUGUCACCACAGGUUCCAUUAGGUCCUUGUCAAUCAUCUCGCUCAUCCAUAUCACCCACUUCACACUCUGAAUCUGAUUCUGACUCCAGCUACUCUGACACAGCAUCAAGGGUGCAAUCCACUGACUCCAGUGUAGAGGGCAGUGCCAAACAUUCUCUCACCUCUGGCAGCUCGGCCAAAUCAGACAUUGUCAAGUCCAGAAGAAAGACUUUCCUGAAGGAUGUUGUGCCGCAUAUGUACACCAGUUCAGAUGAAGAUGAAGUCUUUGCCAAGAAUAGAACGAAGGAAAUAGUGAAGAAAAUCUAUUCCCCACACAAGAAGAAAAAGACUAAGGAUAAGAUGAACUCUAAAAACAACCAUGACAUUUCUAGAGUUGGGGAAACACUUUCUGCUAACACUGUAGAUCACAACAGUGAACAAAAUGUGGUUGCACCUUUUUCACCUGCGCUGACAUCUCUAUCAUCCUCCUCCUCAACAUCAUCUAUUUCAUCCAAGAAGACUGACCAGACUAACCAUGAAAAAGAACGGGUAGCCAACCAUUAUGGUGCACCUGUUUCAUCUUCUGUAUUAUACAGCUCAGAAAAGGAAAGCUUGUCUACAACUAUUUUGACAUCUCUUCCCAAGCUGGACCCACUUUUGGACCCUGAUUUUUAUCCACACAAAUUAUUUUCUGCCAGGCAGCCACCCACUCUUAUCCCUUCCACCAUCCCUACCCCCAAAAAGAAUACAGGUCUCGUAAAAAGAACUGAACCCAUUCUUUUAAAAUCAUUGCCAUUGGAAGAAAUGUCUAAAGAUACAAGCAGCUUUAGUGACAGAUUAAAAAACUUUGCCAGUAAAUCUUCUAGUUCCUCCCCAUCCUCGCUUGGCACAGGCUCUCAGCACUCACCAACACACAGUCUGUCCUCCAAAACUAAAUCAAAAUUAUCACCACAGAGAUCAUCAGUUCCCUCCAAAUCUUCUUCAAAGUCUCAGUCAGUCAAAAAUUCAAAGAUGGACAUUCUGGGAAAAGUUCCAACUCUAAAAAAGACAUGUUCCAAUGACAUGCAUCCAAGCAACAAAAUGUCAGCCACAACUCUCUCCCAAACUGCUAAGUUAGCAGAUGUAGACGGUGGGUUGUCUAGAGUGUCAAACUCUAAAACUGACCUAUCUUUAGAGGCCCAACUUAAAAAACAUAAGAACCCAAGUUUGAAAGAGUCAUCAACACCAGAAAAAUCCAAUGGUAAACUACCUAAUCAAAAUAGGUCGCCAUUGGUUAAAAAAUCCCUUCCCUCUCAAGCCAAAAAUCCACAGAAAGACUUAAUAGGUUCAUCUGUAAAAUCCUCUACACAAGUUAGAGAAAAAAUCACAGAUGAUUCACAGCAAAAGGCUCCAACAUCUAAAUCUGCUGACUCUAAUCUAUCAAAAAAGCUAACUAAAAAUUCAGAGCCUCUUUCCACUGUUAAAUCAGGCUCAGUGCAAAAAUCCUCUCCUGCAACCAAAGCUAUCACUGAUGUCAAAGUAACCUCAAAGUCAAAAGAAGAUUCACUUCAGGACAAAUCUUCAAAAGUCCCUUUAUCAAAAACACCUCAGGGCAAGACUGCCUUAUCUUCACCAUCAGUAUCCAGUGCCACAUCUGCUACUAGUACAACCACAGACUCUCAAAAACAAUCCUCUUCUCAAGCCAAAAAUACUGUUAGCAAACAUAAAAUCUGUACCUUGGAUGAUUCAGCCUUCAUGAAAGACUUGGAGAACUCUGUGACCAUCAAAAAAUUAUUGACACGCAGCAAAGCUCCAUCUAAAACAGCUGGUAAAAGUCAGACUAAAAAUGCUGCUGCUAAAAAUACAAAAUCUUCAAUGCAAAAUAACAAGGAGAAGGAUGAAAAAGAUAUUGCUAAAAACAAGCAGAAUCAAAAUUUGAUGAGGAAAAGAAAGUUGUCCAGUGAUGAUGAUUCUAUGGAUGUCCCUAGACCCAGGCGGUCUGUCACCACAAAACCAUCUUUACCGGACAAGGAAUGGAGAGUUUUGGCAAGAAAUGGAUCUAUUUCUUCUACAGGCUCAUCAACCAAGGCAAAAAGAAAAAGAGCUCCUGCUAAGAAAAGUAAAGAUGGUCAGAGUAAGAGGAAGCGAAGGAAGAAGAUAGUUUCAGAUACAACCUCAGAGGAAGAGUCAGACAAUGAAAGCCAAGAUGAGGAGGAGGAGGAGGAGGAAGAAGAGGAGAACUGGGAUCUCCCUGACGGAGUCCAGUAUUAUGACAACCUUUGCAGUGCAGCCAAGUGUUUAAAUCCUGUUGGAAAUAAAGUGGACUGGGUACAGUGCGAUCACUGUGAGCAGUGGUACCAUGUGGUCUGUGUGGACUGCCCCAUUGAGGUUAUACAAAAGGAAAAUGUCCAGUUUCACUGUGGCUUAUGCUGAGACUUGUUCAGUUCCUCUGUUCCUUUCCUCACAUUCUCUCCAUGUAGUUGUAUAACUACAAUUAUGGAACAAAGAUACAGAAGUCAGAUCAAUGCAUUCCUCGAAGAAUUAAAAAGAGAAUAUUUUUUUGUAAUUUCAUCUUCAAAUUUUUGGACUACAGUGGUUGAAAUUAUUAUUCUAUAAUGUUACAUACUUUUUUAUUAUCCAAAAAUUAUGACUGGUUUCUUAAAUUGAAACUUGAAUGGAUUUAAGAAAUAAAUUUAAAAAACCCACCUUUUUUUUUAAAAAAAAAAAAAGUUUCUUCUGGUCUUUUCAUCUACUGUGAAAAGAAAAAUACUCAUGCAAAGUAAAUAUUUAAUGCAUUUACAGACCCUACUUGGGAGGGCAGUUUUGAUAUUUUUCUUCUGCUUGAUUAAGCAUUUGCUGUGAUGAACAAUAGAGCUGUUGUAGUGGUGUGUUCAACAUUACUCACUGUUGUAGUGGGGUGUUCAACAUUACUUGCUUUUGUAGUGGGGUGUUCAACAUUACUGGCUGUAUAUGAUUCUUUAGAUCUCGGUGAUCUAAUUUUUUAGUAACAAUGACCAGUGAUUUUAUUGUAUGACAGUUCUGCUGUAACCAAUAAAUGUACCCUACACACAUUCCUUUUGAAUGUUUUUGUUCAUAUAUUUCAUCUUGUUUGUGCACCAAAUUUUAAUUGACAAGUACCAGUGUUUUUAAAAGUCUUAAAUAUUCCAGAUUGUUGACGAUGCUGUUUAAUUUUGUUUAAAUAUAUGUAGAUAAGUCUUUAAUUUACCUGUAUUUCCUUCUUUUUAAUAUCAUUUACUCUCUCAAGUCAGCUUAUAAAGUGUACACAUUUUUUUGACAAUAUUUACAAAAAAUAUUAAUGUAAUCACAAUUUAUUUGUGUACAUUCAAAGAUUGUAGGCAUUUGUGUACAUUCAAAGAUUGUAGGCAAAUGUCACUGGAGCCACAUCUGAUUCUUUCUGGCUCUGGAAGUUCUUUUCCUGUAAUAGCUUUUCAUCUGUCUUUAUUUUUUUAGCUAAAGGUUUAUGGAUCUAUUUUAACUUUUACUUGAGCUGAGAUGUCAAAAUUUGUAACAUUUUUUGGCCUACACCAAUUGUGGUGUAAACAUAUUUCUCUUAAGAAAUUGAUUUAAGUGACUUCUAUUUGUUGUGUUUUGUAUACAAGAUUGAUUUAUUGUAGUAUUGUUGUCCAAAUUAUUCUGAUUUUUCAUCCCAUAAUACAUGAUAUUAAAAAUGUAACAGUAAUAUUUUAAAUUUGCCAAAACUAGUUCUUAAUAUGAUGGAUAUUAAGAUUCUGUAUUUUUGUCUGUAUGAUAUUUUUUAUAUAUAAAAUUAUUUUAGAAUUCUUUUGAUAUUUUAUGACAGUGCAAAGCUGUUUCUAUUUAUAUCUUCUAAUUUGAAUGGCAUAUUUUAUUUACAAAUCAAAAUAAUGUAAAAAAUAUUGAUUUAUAUAUUACUGCAGCGGUUCUCAACCUUUAUAGUUCUGAUUACUAUCCCACUAUGCAGCAAACCCCCCCCCCCCCCCCCAAACUGUUAAAUUAUUUUGUUUAUAGGCCUAAAUAGCUGUGCUAAUGUUAUGAAAUCAUAAUCCUAAUGUAUUCACGAUGUUAGUAAUUGAACCAUCUCAUUUGAUUGUGAAAUACCUGAAUAUUGUUGGACACAUCUAAUACAUUACAAAGUCAACAGUCAAAUGUUUUAAGCACUAGUUUUCACAAAAAUGGCAGAACUAACUGUUUCUAAUUACAUUUUGUAAUUCUUUUUCAUAGCUAAAAUUUGUCAAAUCAUAGAUUGAGUGUCGAUUACUUUUGUUGACUCAUUUGUACCAAAUGUUAAAUACCAGACUGACAUCCUAGAAUACUAAACUCACCAACUGUACAGAUGCCACAAAUAUUUUUCCAAGAUAAUUUAUACUUUCCCAUAAAAGAACCAACUUUGUCAAAAGAGAAACUGAUUGUUAAAAUCACCAUGAUUUAUAUACCUCAAGCAAAUUGUUAAUAAUAUUUAUACUGCAACAUUAAAAUGUUUGAAAUCAUUCUGAUUCAUUUGUAUACUAAUGUGUAUUUGACUCUCUCUUGGAUCAUAAAUAUACACAGGUUGAGAACCGCUGUCUUACUGUGUUAAUCUGUCUCAAAUAUUUUAUUGCAAUUAUCACAAAAGGCUUUUGACAAAAUUAUGAUGUAUUAAAGAUUUUUAAAAAUAUAUUUAUAUCAGCAUAAUAGUCAGUCUACUAAAAAUGUAUAUAUAUACAAAUAAGUUUUUUCAGCUGUUUGUUUUUUUUGGCAGUAUUAUAAUCAUUUUAUCAGCUUCUCUUAUUAGGAAGGAAUAUUUCACUGUUCUAGGUAAGAGCAUAAGACAUUUGGCUGAAUCUCUUACGCUAGCUUUUUAUCAGCUGGCCUUGAACAUUUUUUACUGGUUGAAAAAGACCAAUAAUUACCUGAGAUGCAAUAUCUUAUAGUUAGACGGUUUCCGUAAUGAGGUCUCAUGUUUCUCCUAGAGUGAAUGUGUAAGUACAUUUUAUGGAAUGAUCUUAACUGAAGCCAGAUUGUUAAUAGCUUUAAUUGGCUGCAUUACUUUUGAGCAUUUAAUCAACGGAGUCUUUGUUCAUAGUUUUCAUAUUAUUUGCAUUUAUUUGUAUCAACUAGUCAUCUCAGUUUGUUCAUAGAUUUGAUAUUAGAAGCAUUUAUUUUGUCAGUCAACUGAGUUUCUUUACAGCUUGAGUAUAAGAAUAUGACGUUCAGCUUUUGGUUUUAAUUGAAACCUUUUUGAACAUGAAUAAAUAGUUGGUUUUGUUUGUUAUAAAUGUGUUUAGCCAGGGGGGGGGGGGGGUAGUCAGUCCUUAAGCUUAUGAAAUUUUCUACACUCACAAGUUUUCUGAAAUUUAAUUCAUCAAUUUUCUUGGUUAAAGUAUAAUUUUAAAAUACAAAUUUAAUAGUAAAUAAAAAGUACCCCUUUCAGACCUUGCAAUCUAUAGGGCAGAUGAUGUAAAGGUCAUCUGUUUCUGUGGCCCACGGUUAAUAAGGGUGUCAUGUGGCCAGCACAGCGACCAACAGCCUCUACUUUUCCCAUCUAAUGUCAGGUACCCAUUAGAGAUGCUGGACUCAGAGGUGCUCAAAGAUCCCAAAGUUAAAAAUUCCAGGAUUCGAACCCAGGACCUCGGUUUAGAAGCCAAGCACUUUUAAAACAAAGUUUUUAUCAAAGUAUUAAUCAAAAGUGACCAAAGAAUUUAGCCCACUACAGUUCACACAAAGUUAUACAGGUACAACAAACAAUAUAUAUUCAUUCAAUCUUCUUCAUGAUAUAAAUAUCUUGUGCUUUCUAGUGGAUGAAGAGAAUACGAAUGGACGAGUGUCUCUGGUCCUCCUGAAAAGUUGUCAUUGUGAUUUUGUGAAGAAAAAGCUGUUUACAUAGAGACAGUGUCUUUGUGUGCAAUGUUUUGAAGUUUUGCUUCACUGUUAUUGCUGGGUGACAUAUUUCAGGCAUAUCAACUUGAACAAAGAUUUUGUUUGUGAUUAUUUAAUCAAUAGAGAUUUGAAAUGAUCAAAGAUUUUAUUUUAAAAAUGUCAAAAUGAUCUUUGUAUUUAUAUUUUGUAACAAUUUUGUGAAGAUGACAUAUCCACUCUAAGCUUGUCAUGUGCACAGGGCCAACACUCAAUUUGUUUGAUAGACUCAUAUGUUCAAAUGUACUUAGUCUUGAAAAUACAUCUAAACAUGACCUAAAUAUUUCAUUCGUAAAUAGCACAAUACUGAUUUAUCAAAAAAAAAAAAUGUUUAUACAUAAUUAUUUGAAAGUCUUGUCUCCUUUUUUUAAACCCAGAAUUAUUAUAAAAAAAUAUUUUGGACCAUAAUAUUUUAAAGUAUUUUUAUACAGCAAGGUGGCACAUUUUUAGGAACACUAACCAAGUAUUGUCUAAUUAAUUGUUGUCCAAAUUUAUACAAAAUAUAAUUAGUGUUUCCUAGAUUCUUUAUUUUUCCUUUAUGCUUUAGUUCUUCUGUUGUAGGAUUUUAUGAGAUUCUAAUUAGCUAUGAUGUAAUUUUGUCUGAUAAUAAAUUCUAAUAAAAGGUCGAUUUUCAAAAGUCCCUGUUAAAAACUAACACUACAAGUUUGCUUUUUGUUGACUUCUAUUGUGUGACAUCUUUUAAAAAGGCUUCAGCCUCAAGGCAUUGUUUACAUUAAAAACAAAAUAUGUUACAGUAGAAAACAUGUGUCAAUCAAUACUCAUGGAUGCUUGGGGCUUCUAUUUUACGUUUGUAAUUAUUGAGAAGUUACUAGAUGAUCACUACUGCCUUUCUAGUUUCUAGUUUAAACUUGACUAGGGAAUAGAAUUAUUUUUAAAUCAUUUACAUUUUCUAUUUUACUUGUUCACAUUGCUAGCAUCUUCAGAAAACAAAUACAUCUGGUACUUUAAUUUGUAGUGUUUAAAAAAAAAAUCAAUAGUGUCGCCCCCACCCUCCUCUUUUUUAUAGUCAUUAUUGCCAAUGUAUUUACAUAUUAUUUGUUGGUACAAGUGAACCAGUAUUUGAAUAGUCUCUCUAUGUAUAUACACACACACUCGUGGUUGAUGUGCUUGUGUUAUGUAACUGCUUUACAGAAGGGUAUUUGUGAGAAAUCCAAAUGUAUUGUUCUAGUUCUUGUUCUACUUCAUGAAAACGCCUCAAGUGCUUCAAAGCCUAAUCUCCUUUUGCUAGGAUGUGUCUUACUAUUUGUGGUUCUACUGGUGACCAAAUCCUUUGAGAUUUUAAAACAUUUUGUUUUAUGCUACGAACGAUAGCAAAUCAGACAGUAUGGAAAAUGAUCAAUCUUUAUUUUGUAAAUAAAAGUUUUUGUUCUAA